AUGCGGUUCUCUGCGUUAACUUCUCUUCUCGCCUGGGGAGCCUUCGCCGGUGUCCUCGCGACACCUACAAAGGUCUCGUGGGCACCCUCGCUGGUGGAGCGUGACUUUGCCGCCGUCACCAGCGUUGUCGCUGCCAUUUCGUCCAAGGUCGAUACUCUGGAUGCAAACAUCAAGGCCUACACUGGAGGCGAUACGUCCGCUAUCGUGGAUGCUUCUGCAGACCUCAUCUCCACCAUCAACGAUGGCACAUCCACCGUGGCGGCCCAGCCAGCUCUGAGCCAAGUGGACGCUCUGAAUCUGGUGAAUCCCAUCCUGGCCUUGACCAACAAGGUCAAGACCACCAUCGACGACCUCAUCUCCAAGAAGAGUCUGAUCGUCGAGGCCGGCGCGGGUCCUACCACCUAUAGCCAGUUGUUGGACCAAUACACGGCCUCCUCGAACUUGGCUACGACCCUGUCUGGCAAGGUGCCGGAGGCUCUCAAGCAAGUCGCUGAAGAGCUGUCCUCGGGAAUCACCUCGGCCAUCCAGAAGGGUAUCGAUGCUUAUAAGGAUGUGAGCACUCCCCCGACCACUACUACUUCGUCGACUUCCACGCCUCCUACGACUUCGCCUACUACCACUCCUACCGAGACCUCCACUCCGUGCGAGACUACUACCACUACUACCGAGACCUCUACCCCCUGUGAGACUACUACUACGACUACUCCUCCUCCUGAGACCUCCACUCCGUGCGAGACUACUACCACUACUACCGAGACCUCCACUCCAUGUGAGACCACUACCACUCCUACCGAGACCUCUACCCCCUGUGAGACUACUACUACCCCUACCGAGACCUCUACUCCGUGUGAGACCACUACCACUCCUACCGAGACCUCUACCCCCUGUGAGACUACUACCACUACUACCGAGACCUCUACCCCCUGUGAGACUACUACCACUCCUACCGAGACCUCUACCCCCUGUGAGACUACUACUACCCCUACCGAGACCUCUACUCCGUGUGAGACCACUACCACUCCUACCGAGACCUCUACCCCCUGUGAGACUACUACCACUACUACCGAGACCUCUACCCCCUGUGAGACUACUACUACGACUACUCCUCCUCCUGAGACCUCCACUCCGUGUGAGACCACUACCACUCCUACCGAGACCUCUACUCCAUGCGAGACUACCACCACUCCUACCGAAACCUCUACCCCCUGUGAGACUACUACUACGACUACUCCUCCUCCUGAGACCUCCACUCCGUGCGAGACCACUACCACUCCUACCGAGACCUCUACCCCCUGUGAGACUACUACUACCCCUACCGAGACCUCUACUCCGUGUGAGACUACUACUACUCCUCCUGAAACCUCCACUCCAUGUGAGACUACCACCACUACUACACCUCCUACGGAAACCACCACCACACCCACUACACCUCCUGCUGAAACUACCACUACCACCAAUGUCCCUGUUCCCCCAGUGACCUCCACUACCACCGCUACCGAGACCACCCCAUGCCAUGAGUGUGAGGGCACCACCAGCGUUCCUAACCCACCCGGUCCCACCACACUGACCACGGUCCCUGCAUGCACGACUUGCGGCGGCAGCGGCGGCGGCGGUGGUGGUGAACAGCCCACUCCUCCCGUUGUGGUUCCUCAGCCCUCUCCCUCCAGCCCUACGACUAUCGCUCCUCCUGGAGGACUCUCCACCGGCGCAGCCAGCAAGCCGGGCUCGUCUCUUGGCACGGCCAUGGCUAUUGCUGCAUUUGCACUGUUGCUGUAA